AUGCUAAUUUUAAAAACGAUUUUAAAAAAAUGUCUUGUGCAAUGCACCUUUCUACCAAUUCUUCAUUCCAGAUUGUUAACGACUGCUGCGAAAGCAAAUACUGAGGUUAAAAAACCUCCUAAAGAGGCAGCAGCCAAGAAACAACCAUUGCUUAAAACCUUUAAGGUUUAUCGCUAUGAUCCUGAAAAGGAAGGUUGUAAACCAGCGAUGAAGUCAUAUACCAUCGAUCUUAACGAACCGACUGUACUAGAUGCUCUUAAUAAAAUUAAGACUGAACAGGACCCAUCUUUAACCUUUAGAAAAUCUUGCAGAGAAGGAAUUUGUGGUUCUUGUGGAAUGAAUAUUGAUGGUGUCAAUGGACUAGCAUGUUUAAAAAAAAUCAAUCCCAGAGGUGUAACAAAAGUUUAUCCCCUUCCUCAUAUGUAUGUAAUUAAAGACUUAGUGGUAGAUUUUAAAAAAUUCAUUGAGCAGCAUAAUCGAAUAAAACCGUAUUUAAUAAGACAUCCACCUGAAGAAAAAAACAUGCAAUUUAGCCAAAGCGUUAAAGACAGACAAGAUAUGCUAGGUCUGGUUGAAUGUAUUCUUUGUGCUUGUUGUUCUACAUCGUGCCCCGAAUAUUGGUGGCAUGGGCAUUCUAAAGCACCUAACGAUUUUUUGGGGCCUGCUGCAUUGUUGAAUAGCUACAGAUGGAUUGUUGAUUCCAGAGACCAUGCUACCAAGCAAAGAUUAAGUGAAUUAGGCAACUAUUUUAAUGUUUUUAGAUGCCACCAAAUUAACAAUUGUUCAGUUUGCUGUCCAAAGAGAUUAUUACCCGGUAAAGCAAUUGCCAAAUUAAGAUUAUUGGUAGCGAAUGUGCAAUCCAAGAAAAAACCGGAUAUGGAAGGUACCGCUAUGUCAGAUCCAGUUAAAGCCUGCAAAGAUAAUAAAGAAAACACAACAUGCAAAAAGGAAUAA